AUGCGUAAAAGAUUACUUAACAAAGCGUUUGAUGAAUAUAAUGAAGCACUAGAUCAAUUAAUAGUUCAAAACUUAGAUAAACAUAUAGAUGAUCGCGACGCGAUGGAAAUUAGAUAUUGUAAAGUUUUGACUGCAAUAGAGAAUUUAAUCGCAUCUUAUAAGCAAAUUGAUGCUGAUACGGAAAAUGCAAUAGAUAAGAUUAAAACUUCAGCAAUGGUACAACUUCCACAAAUAAACUUACCAAAUUUUAAUGGAGAGUUUUCGCAAUGGCCAGAAUUCCGAGAUAUGUUCUCCAGUCUUAUUAUAAAUAAUCAACUUUUAACAAAUGCUCAAAAACUGCAUUAUUUGAAAAAUUCAUUGAAUAGAGAGGCUGCUAAUUUAAUAAGGAAUGUUUCAAUAACCGAUGCAAAUUUCUUAACAGCUUGGAAUACGUUAGUAAACACAUACGAUAAUAAAUUAAUACUCAUAAAUGCCCAGUUAAAGGAAAUUAUAAAUCAACCACAAAACAGAGAUAAUAAAUCUCUUAGAUACUUCUUAUGCAAAUCUCGUCAACAUGUUACAGCAAUAAAAAAUGAAAAAAUACCAGUUGAUCUAUCCGAUCUCAUUUUUAUCUACAUUUUAAAAUCGAAAUUAGAUUUAGAUACGCAGAUAGCGUGGAGUUCAUCUACAGCGGAAACUAACAUUCCGUCUCUAGACCAUUUUUUUUCUUUUUUGGAAAGACGAUGUGCAAUCCAUGAUAUAAAUCGAGAACAAGGACCAACUCCAAAGGUACCAAUUCAAAGAAAUCAUUUCGCUGCGCCCAUUAAAAUUAAAUGUCAAUUUUGUAAUAAGGAGCAUUAUCUCAAUCGAUGCGAAGAAAUUCUAAAACUACAUGUCGAUGAUCGAAUAAAAUUUGUAAAAAAAAUUCGACUAUGCUUCAAUUGUCUCAAUUCCUCGCAUGGAAUAUCUCAAUGUUCAAGCAAACGCAAUUGUUCCAUUUGCAAAAGGCGACAUAACACCAUAUUACACAAAUCAGAAUUGCCAAGAUUAUCAGAGUCUAAUGCAAACAAUAUUACCAUGAUCGCCGAAGAGAAAACAACAGAAACAAAUGUCAUAGAGCAACCAAAGAAAUUUUGGGAACUUGAAGAACGAUUCAAGAAGGAACUCGAAUUGAAAAAUAGGCUUAUUGAAAAUCUUUUAGAGAGGAACGAUAGACUUGAUCAUGAUUAUAAAAAUCUCCAAAAAAAGUUUGAUGUAUAUACAGACUUUCAUUCUGAAAAUCAUAAUAAAGAAAUCACUCAACUUAAAAAUGAAUAUAAUAAGUUAAGAGAAGAAAUUAAGGAAAUAAAUAUUCACUUGGAAAGUAAAUGUCAAGAAAAAUUAUUAUUACAAGAAACUAUUACAAAAUUGGAGAAGGAGAUAAAAGGUUCGCAUAAUGCGAAUAAAGAUAUAAUGAAACUACAACAGUUAUUAUGUGAAACUACAGCUGACACUAGAAAACAAAUAAAGUUUCUUCAGAAACAGAUGUAUUCAUUUAGAAAGAGUUUGUAUGCCGAUCAAACUGUAGUUAAGCUAAAGCAGAAAGUAUUUGAACUCAACAACAGGGUUGCAAAAUUAGAAGAAGAAGAAGUUCUUAACACGGAAAGAAACAGCAAACUAGUGGAAUUAGAAUUCUUAUGCCAUGCACAAAUAAAUUCAAUAGCAUUACUAGAAUCUCAAAAAUUCGAUUUGAUACAAAAUUUACAUAUGGCUCGUCAACAAAUAUCUUCAUUGAAAGAUAAACUAGCAUUAGAGCACAAUGUAGAUACUUCAUCAAAAGUCAAAUUACUAAACAAGAAAGCUGAUGAUCUUCUAGCGGAAGGUUGUUUUAUAUUUUACAAAUGUUCAAGCAAUAACAUGAAACUAGAAAAUGAUAGACAAGCUAUACGAGAAGCAAGAAAGGCUGCAUAUAGAGCUUGGUAUAAUCGCAAAAAGGAAGAACGCAAAAGCAGAGCUGAAAAACAGAAAAAAAUUAAAUCAGAAUUAGAGUUGAAAAUAAAGGAGUUAUUCCAACGCAAAAUUAUUCAAGAAGUUAAUUACAAAUCUUGGUUAAAUAGAAAGAAAAAUAAUAAGAUAAAGGUCCGCAUGAAACAUCAAAUAAAUGAGUUACGAUAUCUGAUCAUACGGCAAGAACAAAGAAAAGUUUACGGCCCCAAAUUUUCUCUUCCUCCAUCUAAAUCAAACUUUAAUUUUAUAAAAAUUCUCAGUAAAUUAGAGAAUGGUAUUUUAAAGUUGAAGGAUGUUGAAAAAGAAUCUAAAUUUAGAUCCGUUUGCUUUUUAAGAGAUUUGAAUUUAUGUAAGAGAUUUUUGAAGGACAAUCCUGAUAUUAUUGUUACGAGAGCAGACAAGGGUAAUCUCACUGUUGUUCUCAAUAAGGAAGAUUAUCUUUCAAAAACAUAUAACUUGUUGAAGUAUGAAGUUUUUUAUAGCGAAUUGGCCAACGAUCCCACAGAUCACUUAAAUAGACAGACACAAAAACUUAUUAAUAAUUUAAUUGACAAAAAACAAAUUACUAAAUCAUUAGGAUAUUCCCUUAAAGUUUUUCAUCCUAAUAUUCCUAAAUUAUACUGUCAUCCUAAAGUUCAUAAACCAGAUUUACCUAUAAGACCUAUUGUUUCUGAUAUUAACACUCCUUUAAGUAAACUUACGAAGCACAUCAGCACUAUUCUUUCUAAGGUUACCAUUUUGUCGGAAUUUAAUGUUUCCAAUUCUUUCAAUUUAGUUAAACGUCUAAAUAAUUUACAAAUUCCUCCUGAUUUUUCUUUUAUUUUUGGUUUGCCAAUGGGCUCUAGUGUUAGUCCCCCUCUUGCUGAUUUGACUUUACAACUUCUAUAA